AAACGAGAUUAGAACGGAGAACGUCGGAAAUUUCUUAGCGACAAUGACAAUAGAUAAUGGAGAAGUUGUAAUAUAAUACGCGAUGGUGGGCUUCGCGAUGCUCGUACCUCUAUGGAAUCCCCCUUCCAGAAGAAGUGCUUUCCUGCGCGCCGUAUAAAACCGGUGAAAGCGCCAGUCGGCCCUCCAGACAACCGCACAGUCCGACAGCGACAGGAGCUCUGCCAUGGUGUAUUACACGAGGCGUACUUUAGAUUAACACAACAAUCGUACAUAAUUUUAAUUAAAUCGGGAAUAAAAUCGGUGAUUUUUUUUAAAGGAACGCGAACGAAAUAGGAAAAAUAAAAAAAAAGAGGAAAAAAAAAAGAAAAAUAAGAAGAAAGGAAAAGAAAAGAGAAGAGAGAGAGAGAGAGAGAGAGAGAGAGAGAAAAAGAAAUAUCUAAAAUAAAUAAAAAUUAUAAUAUCGUAGGAAAUAUCGUACGUGCUGCUUUCGUGUCAUUAUUCGUAUCCGCGAUUUUUUGUGAUUAGGCUAGCUUAGGAUCAGGUGUUGUCAUCAUGAAGACUAUCCUUUCGAGGACUUUGCUCGUUGCUGUGAUCCUUGGGACAGGAGUAUUGGGAUAUCCUCCACAAGAGAGACUUAUGCCAGAUGGUGCACCGGUUCCCGAGGACGCCAUCGCACAUGAGGAUUCCAUGGCGUCCGCUUCGGAAACCGGCGAGGAUUAUGCGGACGUAGAUGAUUCUGAUAUGUAUAUGGAGACCGAUGGGACGGAGACGAUGAGGGGUGACGAUCACGUCGAAGAAAGUCAAACGGAUAGAAUAGAAAUCGAUAGAACAACGAUAGAAAAUGAUGAUAAGCUUAAUGAAACGAGUACGGAGGAAGGGAAUGGGAAUGAUCAGGAAACGAAAAAUACCGUAUUGUCACCUCAAACUCAGCCAACCGAGAUCAUUGAUAAAAGUUUAGAAACUGAAAGUCAAAACUUUUUCCCAUCGUUCGCUGAAUUAUUUAGCAAUCAAAGAUUACCAUUUAACGAACAACAACAAAGAUAUAGGCCAAACAGAUUCUUGAGUUAUUUUCAACGGGAUCGUGGUGUAUAUCAAACAGCUUCGACAACAUCAAAAGAGGUUCAACAUCCUCUUUUGGGUUCUGGAAAUUUCGGAGUCAUUCGUGGUGGAACUUAUUAUCCCGAAGAUAGAGAGAACGAGGAUUAUAACGCCGAAGAUAGUCUUUAUAAUCCUUAUUAUCACGGUACGACUGGCCGUGCUCGUGCCAAUUAUUAUAGGAACCCUAAACCACAGCCGGUUCGUGGUGGAGAUUUCUUUGCUAACUUCCGGGAUUUCGCCGACAUAACGGCACCACCGAAGUCAAGUUUCUCUCAUCUUUCUGUGGUUUAUGCGAAUAAAAAUGGCAGUACUACGGGACGUAUCACGGAACCUAGAAACAUCAUUGAAACUCUUAGGAUGUUGGAGGAAGAGGAACGUAAUAAUGGAAUGGAAAUAACAACGACCGAAGUACCAAGGAAGAAGUUGAGCAAAGGAAAAAGGAAAUUGAUCAAGAUGAAACAAUACGAGGAGGAUAAGGCGAGAAGAUCACGCGUAUCCGUCGAGCCUCUUUUAGCUUUGAGUUGAGAAUGAACUUUGUGUACUUAAUUAGUGUCUAACGUUUUAACGAACGAGAAACUUUGGGAUCGUUAUGUCCUAUGCGCAAAUAAUCUGGCCCCCUCUCCUCCAACCCCUCGUGAGAUCGGCAACCAAAGUCUUUACAAAUCCUCUUUUGAUUGUCGGAGGUAGCGAAAAUGAUCGUGAAAGUUGUUUCAGUAUCGUCGAAGGAAAUAAUUUUUUUUAUUUAUUUUUUCUUUUUUUUUUCUUUUUUUUUUUUCUAAAACAAUUGGCCAUUCCUUGAAAACGAUUCAACGAGAGAAAACGCGUCGGAAUUAUACGUGAAAAAAUUUCGUUAUCGAUGAUAAUAUAUAUAUAUAUAUAUAUAUAUAUAUAUAUAUAUAUAUACACAUAUAUAUAUAGUAUAUUAUAGAUGAUAGUAACAGCAAUAGUAGUAGCAAUAGUAAGUCUCAUUGGCGAGUUAAAUGAAAUCGUAGGAAGUAUCGUGCGUGCGUAUUCAAGACUGUCAUCCGAGAUGUCAUCCAAUAAAAGAAAAUGUAAUGAUUAUUAUCGACCGGAUUCUCAUGGGCACGCGCCAAAUUGAUCGUGCGAGAGCAUGGCGCGUGCACUUUCGUUACGCUCGAGUAAGCCUAUAUACCGUAACGAAUAAACGAGUACGGAGAAACGACGACGAGCUCGUUCGCGCGAUAAAACGUGGGACCUACACGAGAGACUAAACACACAAGUCCAGAUAGACGCACGCGACUUCACAUAGUUCUCGUGACCGCCGUAUCUAUAAGUAAAACAAAAACCCUCGGUUAUUUAUUUGCAUGCACACGCCAUCAUAAUCCAUCGCGGCCAGGCCCGAGAGAACUUUUUCUGGUCGAUCAAAAAUCGAGAGUGAAAGAUAAAGAUUAAAAAAAAAAAAAAAAAAAAAGAAAAAAAAGAAAAAAAAAAGAAAAGGAAGGAUAUAUUUGUUGGAAUGUGCAAGGGAGAGAAAAAAAAGAAAAGAAAAGAAAAGAAAAAAGGGUAUGACGAUCGACGAGAACGAAAAAAAAAAAAAAAAAAAAACUUUGACGAAAUUCUAACUUUUAUCAUACUUUCGUCGUUUCUUGUCUCCUACGAUUAAUAUCUUCGCCUGCGUCAUACGUCUUAUUUGUAAGUUUUAUCUCUUAUCAUUUAAGUAUCGUACCUAAUAGAUUCUUUAUUAGUACAUCUCGUUUCACUAUGAGUCUAAGAUAAGACGCGAUAAUUCUAUUUUAUUUUAUUUUAUUUUAUUUUAUUUUAUAUUAAUUUAAUUUAAUUUAAUUUAAUUUAAUUUAAUUUAAUUUAAUUUAAUUUUGUUUUAUAUUAAUUCAAUUUCCAUUACAUUUUACUUUAAUAUUUAGAAUAAUAGUAGUUUAUUCCAGCAAGUAAUUCUCGCAAUAUUAUUUUAUUUUAUAUCCGAGUAUUGGGUAUAUUUCGCUCAGAACGUCUUUAUUAUUUAGAUUUAUCAAUGUUUAUGUUAAAGGGAAAAAAAGGAAAAGAGAUAAUGAAAACAUACGAAAAGAAAAAAAAAAGAAUAAAAAAAGAAAAAAAAGAAGAUAAAAGAAGAAGAGAAAAUGAUUACGUAUGCAUUCGUAGAACCACUAAAGACUGCCUAUUCUCUUACAAUCUUCGUUGAUCUACGAAACUAAUGCUAAUUAUUAUUAUUAUUAUUAUUAUUAUUAUUAUUAUUAUUAUUAUUAUUAUUAUUAUUAUU